AGAAAUCACUUUUUGCAAAGAGCCUGCAAAAGAAACUCUUCUUCUUCCUCUCUAUUAUUAUUUUUAAUUUUCGUUGAGAUUAAAGCAAAGGGUUCAACUUUCGUUCUGGGUUUCUGAUUUUUGUUGCGAGAAAAAGAAAAACUAGCUAUGGCAGAAGUUUUGGGGAAGGCAAAUCUGUUUCCGACUGGUCACUAUAGUCAGAAGAAGAAUCUUGAAGGUGGAGCUUGUUUGGUUCCUAAGAAAAUUUCUGGUUUUUGUUUGAAAACGAAAAGUUUUUCUUCUUUGAUGUUGAAAUCUCUCGCUUCGAGUAGUGAUUUUAAUGGUCAAAGAGUGGAUUUUUUGGAGAAGAAAAAUAUGAACAAGAGAAGGUUUCCUCAAGUUCCCAUCAAAGCACAGAUGAAAACUGGACUUAUUAGUCGAGGUCAAAAAUGGUGGGAGAAAGGGCUUCAACCAAAUAUGAAAGAAGUUACGUCUGCACAAGAAUUGGUCGAUUCUCUUUUGAAUGCUGGUGAUAAGCUUGUUGUGGUUGAUUUCUUCUCCCCUGGUUGUGGUGGUUGCAAGGCUCUUCAUCCCAAGAUUUGCCAAUUUGUAGAGAUGAAUCCAGAUGUUCAGUUUCUUCAGGUGAAUUACGAGGAACAUAAGACUAUGUGCUAUAGUCUUAAUGUUCAUGUGUUGCCUUUCUUCCGUUUCUAUCGAGGCGCUCAGGGACGUGUAUGCAGCUUUAGCUGUACCAAUGCCACGAUUAAAAAAUUCAAAGAUGCAUUAGCCAAACACACACCAGACCGAUGCAGCCUUGGACCGACUAAAGGGCUCGAGGAGAAGGAGCUUUUAGCAUUAUCUGCAAACAAAGACCUUCCCUUCCUCUACUCACCGGAACCAGUUCAGCCAACUCCUGUUCCCAUGCAUGAAGAGACUUUUGUACCAAACCAAGAUUCAUCUCAUUCAACGAUAAAGCUCCCGCUUUCAGUCCCAACGACAUCCUUAAAGCAAAGAGAAAGCGAGGAGAAAACCUUGGUUGGUGCUGGGAGAUGAUGUAGUAUUAGUUUUUCUGCCACCCCGCUGUACAAUAUUACCGAAAACUAUUCCCUGGUUUGUAUUCCAUGUACUAAUAUGUUAAUGUUAGAAGUGAACAAGUGUAUCUGGUCUCCCAUGGAGUUGCUGGCCAAUUUGGAUUUUUUUUUUUGGAUCCUAGCCCUGCUUGAUUCAAAGGUGGGUGUGAGCUUUUGCAAACCAUAUCUAGUGAAUAUAUUUUGAGGUUGUAUUUUUAUGUUCCCCUUUGUGAGUUAAAAAAUCUUGUGGUUAUUAUAUAGAUGCUGAGAGCCUUUUUACCUUUUUAUUCUCUCUUGGUGUUGAAAUCAGGAUAAUGAGUAUUUUGUA